AUGUCACAAAGUCUCAGACCAACAUACGCAGCGACGGAUAUCAGGGAGGCACUUCAGCAAGACGGUCAUCGCAUCUGGGGAUUCGUCGUCUACCGCUGCACCUAUAAAAGCGAUGCCGACUGGGAUGAAUUCAUGAGACGCCUACGCUGGUGCACUCGGCGGAACCUAGAGUUUUACCAGGGGCUUGAUCUGAUGGAUAGUCUCGGCCUCACUGUCUUGGAGGACCGGUCUCGUUUCGGUGGAGCCAGCACUUCGACCAUCCGCGACCAUUUCAUACAAUGGGCUGAAACUGCUGUCAAGGCAGAGCAAGGCGCGGGUGCCCGCGCACGCGGCUCCCAGCGAUACCGAUACUGCAUUCAGGUGGAUGAAGAGGCAUUAGACUCGGUGGUUCAUAAAGCCCCGGCGCCUUGGGGCGAGAUACGCGUUAACAAUGUGGGCUAUGUCAACCUUGUUAGCAAGGAGUGGGAGCCAUAUGACCCGGUUGAAUAUGAAGAUGAGGAUGAGAGGCUCGAAGAACCGCCUGAGGAGCCGGUCGAGGGCUGUACGCUUCAUGAUGUGGGUUGGAUGAAGGUUCUAUAUGACAGGGUCAUGGUGAGCAAGUAUAAUUACUUGCGGGAUGACAUGGCAUGGGAGUAUGAGUAUCGUCGUCCCCCUCUCAAGGCAAAGAUGAAGUACCAGAAUCUUCUUACCGUUGUGGCAAGCUGCAUCGCCAGCACCAGCGCCGUUAGUGUCUCCGGCGCUGCCGAGGGUUUCGCCAAGGGCGUCACUGGUGGCGGGAGUGCAACGGCCGUCUAUCCCACUACCACUGACGAGCUUGUGUCCUAUCUUGGGGACAGUCAGACUCGUGUGAUUGUGUUGACCAAGACAUUCGACUUCACCGGUACCGAAGGCACGACCACAGCGACUGGCUGUGCGCCUUGGGGAACUGCCUCUGCGUGCCAGUUGGCAAUCAACCAGAAUAACUGGUGUACCAACUACGAGCCUGAUGCCCCCUCGGUAUCUGUCACUUAUGACAAUGCCGGUGUCCUAGGCAUCACCGUCAACUCUAACAAGUCACUGCUUGGAUCUGGGUCCAGUGGUGUGAUCAAGGGUAAGGGUCUGCGGAUUGUCAGCGGUGCAAGCAACAUUAUCAUUCAAAACGUCGCCAUCACUGAUAUCAAUCCCAAGUACGUAUGGGGAGGUGACGCAAUCACCAUUGACGAUGCCGACAUGGUUUGGAUUGAUCACGUUACGACCGCGCGGGUUGGCCGCCAGCAUCUGGUCCUCGGCACCAGCGCUUCGAACCGGGUGACCAUCUCCAACAACUACUUCAACGGAGUGACCAGUUACUCCGCCACCUGCGACGGCUACACCUACUGGGGCAUCUACCUGGACGGGUCCAACGAUCUGGUCACCAUGAAAGGCAACUACAUCUACCAUUUCAGCGGCCGCAGUCCCAAAGUCCAGGGCAACACCCUUCUCCACGCGGUCAACAACUACUGGUACGACUCCAGCGGACACGCCUUCGAAAUCGGAUCCGGCGGCUACGUCCUGGCCGAGGGCAACGUCUUCCAGAACAUUGAUACCGUUGUUGAGAGCCCCGUUGAUGGACAGUUGUUUACCUCGCCCGACGCUACCACGAACAAGGUCUGCUCGACCUACCUGGGACACGUGUGCCAGGUCAAUGGAUUCGGGAGCUCCGGGACCUUCAGCCAGGCGGAUGAGGGUUUCCUGGCCAACUUUGAAGGCAAGAAUAUUGCCUCUGCGUCGGCGUAUACCGUGGCGCAGAGUAGCGUUCCUUCAAGUGCGGGACAGGGUAAGAUUUAG